AGUAUGUAUAUGACGUCAUAAGGCUGCGUCGCGCUCCUGCAUCUGUUGAGAUUCGGCUGAAGAAAGGACAAACACACAGAAAAAACCCUAGUGAAGUGACUGAGAUCCACGUGACACACAAUUAUAAAGAUGGAGUUUAUUAGAGGAGAGUGAAGACAUGAAGAUGGAGUUUAUUAAAGAGGAGAGUGAAGACAUGAAGAUGGAGUUUAUUAAAGAUGAGAAUGAAGAGAUGAGGAUUGAAGAAACACUCAGAGUGAAAAAGGAAGAUACUGAGGAACAAACAAAGAUGGCGUUUAUUAAAGAGGAGAGUGAAGACGUGAAUAUGGCGUUUAUUAAAGAGGAGAGUGAAGAUGUAAAGAUUGAAGUCACAUUCAGAGUGAAAGAUGAAGAUCCUGAGGAACAAACAGAGAUGAUGGCACUGAAAGAGGAGACUGAAGUACUCAAUGAAAUUGAAGAGAAAGAUCAAUGUAAGAAUCCUAAUGAUUUCAUAACUGGAGAAAAGUCUUUCAGUUGCUCACAGACUGAAAAUACUUCCUCACAAAAAAGAGCUCAAAGGGCAAGGACUAGAAGUCCCUUCAUCUGCAAACAGUGUGGAAAGGGUUUCACUCAAAAAGGAAGUCUUAAAGUCCACAUGAGAAUUCACACUGGAGAGAAGCAUUUCACAUGUCCUCAGUGUGGAAAGGGUUUCACUCAAAAAGGAAGUCUUAAACUCCACAUUCGAACUCACACUGGAGAGAGGCCCUACACCUGCAAACAAUGUGGGAAAAGUUUCAAUGAUAAAGGAAACUUUCAUAGGCACAUGAGAGUUCACAUUGGAGAGAAGCCUUAUCCAUCCACUCAGUGUGGAAAGACAAUCGUUCAAGGCAGGAACCUUGAAGUCCACAGGCGCAUUCCCACUGGAGAGAGGCCUUUCACCUGCCAGCAGUGUGGAAACAGAUUCACUCAUAAAAAAAACCUUAAAAGGCACAUGAUUAUUCACUCUGGAGAGAAGCCUUACACAUGCCCUCAAUGUGGAAAGAGUUUUUAUCAAAGCGGAGGCCUUAAACGACACUUCAUGAGAAUUCACUCUGGAGAGAAACUGAGAAACCCUACGUGUGCAUUCAGUGUGGAAAUGAUUUCAAUCAAACAGGACAAUUUUUAAGACGUCUUAAGAGUUCACUUAAGUACCACAUGAGUAUGUAUGAGAGACCUGUUUUAUGCCAUCAGUGUGGAAUGAGUUUCACAGACAUGUAUCAUCUUAGGAAUCAGAUGAUGUCAAAUUGAUUAAUUGCAUCUAACAUAAAUAUUUGUUUUUAUUGUGU